CUCACGCACCAGUUCGCUCGCUCACCAUGGCAACAAAAAGUCUUAAACGUGAACGUUCCGGCUCAUCAUCAUCGUUGACAGCUUCAACCUCCUCGGCCACACCAUCAUCGAUGUCCUCUUCGAACUAUUCCAUUCCCUAUACGAUUUUCAUUUACCGCCAAGAGCUACGUAAGGGACGUGACGAAUUCAUGCGCCUGUCCAAGGUCAAGCUGCACCUCACCGACAAUUUGAUUGUCAAUACCAUACAAAAUAUCACCAAAUACGAUGUGGCCGAAGUGAUAAAUAUCAACGAACAAAUGCAGUACAAAAAGCGUUUGUUCUCGAAAAUGUAUAAAAUACGAAAACUGGAGAAGAUGGGUUUGAAACACAUCGAUCCAAAUCAAAUAAGUGAUGAUUUUUGAGAGAAUAUUGUGAACAUGGUUCCUUGUCGUAUAGAUAACAUAGUUAUUAAAGGCAUUAUUAUAUAUUUUUUGUAGCAUGCGAUAUUAUUUGUUUAGUAUUUAAGUAGUUUGUGAUAUAAAAUAUUGCUUUAAGAUUUCCUUUUGUUUGUAAUUUUUAUGGUAAAUUUAUUG